AUGAGCUUCAUUUCACUCCGGAUUCCCCUCUCCCUCCCCCCCAACAGUUCCAUUGGCACCGGACCUUCACCCCUUUACUCUUAUCUUACCCCGGUCAAUCCACUCUCUCCUUUUCUCUUAUUUCUCCCAUCCACCGCUUUUUCUUUCUUUGUGCGUGCCCACAUCCUCUGGCUGUGGUCCUUGUCUAUUCUUCCCGAACAAGCAGGCGGUCAACUCCUCGUGAAGCCCCCGAAAAGCCACCCAGACUCGGCCAUAACAAACGAGCGCACGCACUCGAACGUCCUGCAGUUGAUCAGUGGCUUUUUAGUCUUUCCUCUUAUCUGGGCCUUUCUCCCCCUUUCACUGGUGGACACGGCGUGGAACGCGGUUCCUCUGCUGUUGUCGCUCCUCGGGGGACCUGAUCUCGCUUACUCCGGUGCGGAUACCACGGAGCUUGAUUCCCCACGGCUCAAGUCGACCUGUCUGUCCCUGAAUCCUCUGAACUACAUGGCUUGGCAAUCUCCCUCCGUUGGAGGGAUGUCCGGAGCCAUGGGUGACUCGAAUGGCGGGCACCCGCAGGGAACGGAAUAUACUCUGCAGGGUGUUAUGCGCUUCCUCCAGACCGAAUGGCACCGACAUGAACGCGACCGCAAUGCUUGGGAGAUCGAACGCGCGGAGAUGAAGUCUCGCAUUGGCCGGUUAGAAGGAGAGCUGCGUACAAGCAAGCGCAUGCAAGAAUCAUUGGGCAAACAUGUUCGGUUGAUGGAGGCAGCGCUGAAGAAGGAACGGGAGAAGGUCAAGAAGCUCUCGAACAACGAGUCCAUUGAGGAUCUGCAAGAUCCCAAGGACAUUGCGCGCGAGAGCGUGAACUUCCUCAAGGAACAACGUUCUGCUUCCAAGUCGAACCCGGAUGCGAACCCAGAUGAUCCCUCAAACCCCGAAUCGCAAGAAAUCACCCACGAAGACGAGCGAGAUAAAUCCCGAGUUUACCUAUCGAAAUGUGCACAGGAAAUCGCAUAUCACGUUAUUCCCACGUCCCAUCCUGUUCCCGAUCUCAGCGACCCCGAUCUCUCAGGUCAUCUCUAUGGAAACCAGCAGCUCUCCCAGCAGAACCUCGAGGAGGCAUUUCUCCAGCAACAACGACAAAAGGCCAACCAUAUGAUUUCACGUGAGGCGGUGCUUCCUAAUCAUCAGCAGUCUGGUAAUCAAUACACCGAAAAUGCGCCUCCCUCGCGUGCCCAAAACCAGUAUAAUCAAGUUCCCCUGGCUGUUGAGCGGCGUCAAAUCGAGCAGCAGCAGCAAACUCCCGUUACUGCGAUUGACAACCGGAAACUAGCGUACGAGCAAGGGCUGAUCGAUGAGCGUGGUGUAGCGGGGACACAGCAGCCCGCGCACGAUGCUCCAGGGCCUUCAGUCGCCGUCAAAGAGGAUCUACAGUCUCACAGUGCAACCGAGCAAGGCACCGAAGAUGUCGAUGGCUGGAACUUUGAUGAGCCCGCAGAGGUGGCACCGGCCACCGAGUCCAUCCCACCCCAUCGACCUGAUACCGACGCAUUCCCCAAUGCUAAUUUCGUUCGUGGCAAGUCACCGUCAAGGGGCGGGUCCCUCUCCCAUCGACGAAAGAGCUCGGGCUCACGGCGCAAGAGUGACGGCAGCAUUGAAACCAGAGAUUUCGGCGCGAACGCCAAUCAGCAGGAUACCAACUUCAAGGUUCGAUUUGCCUUGCGGGGACAUCUUGAUGUCAUCCGUUCCGUGAUCUUCACUGGUGGUGGCAGCCCCUCCGAGCCUGAGAUUUGUACAUGCAGUGAUGAUGGAACGAUCAAACGUUGGAUUAUCCCUGCAACCUAUGGAAUGUUGGGCGCUCAUGGACCGAGCUCGAGCAAUGAUUUGGACAUUACCAGCUAUUUCACCCAUCGUGGUCAUGUUGGUGCGGUCACGUCGCUUGCGGCUUGUUCCCCGUCCCAGAAUAUCUCCAACGGUGGCCGGGCUUUGGGUGAUGGAUGGGUCUUCUCCGGCGGACAAGAUGCCAGCGUGCGUGUCUGGGAGCGUGGUCGGGUUGAUCCCAAGGCCACCUUGGACGGCCAUACAGACGCCGUGUGGGGUCUCUGCGUGCUUCCGGGGACGGCAGGGUCUGUCUUUGGGGACUCCAGUAGUCACUAUGGAGGACCUGACCGAAUUCUGCUAGCCUCCGGUGCUGCAGAUGGCCGGAUCUUGAUAUGGGCUGUCAGUGCUCCGCCUCUGGCAUCCAACCCCCAGGCCGGUUCGCGUCGUCAAGGUGGAAGCCGUCGUGCAAACUCCAUCUCUUCUGGAUCCAACUUCCCCUCGUCUCCCCAACCCAGUGUUGCCACAUCUACACCAUUCCAUUAUACCCUCGUUCAUCACAUUAUUCGCAGCGAUUCUCCUUCUCCAACCUGCAUUAGUCCGUUGUCUUUGGCUGGUGUGAACUUUGUUGUGUCCUAUACUGAUGCCUCCAUCCUCGUGUACGAUACGCGAACCGGCGAAGAAAUCGUGGGCAUGGCCAGUCUGGAAACGUAUGACGGCACACCCUCUACUGGUGUCAAUUCCGUGGUUACUACAACCAUUGGAUUUGACGGAUCUGCAAACUUGGACCCUAGCCGCACCAUGGCCGAGGAAGAAGUCGUACAUGGAGCUACUGGAUCUAGUAGUGUGGAAGGCGUCAUUAUCAGUGGUUAUGAAGACCGAUACAUACGUUUCUUUGAUGCUAACAGCGGUCAAUGCACUUACACAAUGUUGGCCCAUCCGGCUGCUAUUGCCUCGUUGUCCUUGUCUCCGGAUGGCCGUGAGCUCGUCUCAGCUGGCCACGAUGCAAGCUUGCGCUUCUGGAAUCUUGAGAAGCGCAGUUGUGUUCAGGAGCUGACCAGCCAUCGGUUAAUGCGUGGCGAAGGCGUCUGCGCCGUUGUCUGGAGUCGCGACGGCCGCUGGGUCGUCAGUGGUGGUGGAGACGGUGUGGUAAAGGUCUUUUCCCGAUAA